CAGGAAGCUCUACUAAAUGCCUUGAAUGAUGAGACUCAGAGAUUACAGGAACAAGUAUAUUUUGGACAAAUAAAAUCUCACACUGAUGUAUUGGACAAGCUCCUAUCAGAAGCUGGUAUUCAACGCUAUAAUCCUCGGAUUAUUUCUGAUAACAAACCAAGGUUCAUAUCUCUUGCGAUGUUUACUUUUGGAGAGGCAUCUAUACUAAACGGGAUUAACUAUUUGCAUUCUCCUGGAACAAUGGAUGAUUUGAAGCCCGUGACACAUCUUUUUGCCGUUGACAUCACUUUAGCGAGUGGGAUUAAGUUACUUCGCCAAGGCUUCAAUUAUCUGGUUAAUACUGCACUGUUAUAUUUUUCUGCACUGUUAUAUUUCCUGCACUGUUAUAUUUCCUGCACUGUUAUGAUUUUUUGGCACUGUUAUAUUUCCUGCACUAUUAUAUUUUUCUGCACUGUUAUAUUUCCUACACUGUUAUAUUUCCUGCACUGUUAUGAAUCAACUUUUGGGGCUUGUUAGGGAAGCUGGGAUUAGACCCUUGAAUUAUGUGGUUAAUGAUCCUGCUAAGUAUUUUUCUAUUUUGGAAGCUGUGGGGAGUGUUGAUAUGUCGCUUGGAAUCAAAAUGGGUGUUCAAUAUAGUCUUUGGGGUGGUUCUGUUAUCAAUCUUGGAAUGCAGAAACACAAGGAUAAGUACUAUGAUGGUAUUGAUAGCUUGGAAUAUGCUGGUUGUUUUGCUAUGAUUGAGCUUCACCAUGAGUGUAGAAUGAGGAAUGAUCAUGAUUAUGCUGCUGUUAAUCGAUUUGGUUCAUUGAGGAAUGAUCAUGAUUAUGCUGCUGUUAAUCGAUUUGGUUCAUUGAGGAAUGAUCAUGACAUUUUUCAGACAUUUGAAGGAGACAACACCGUUCUUCUUCAACAGGUUGCAGGCGAUCUUUUGAAACAAUACCAGAAAAAGUUUAAAGGAGGGACUUUAGCAGUGACAUGGAAUUACUUGAGAGAUUCCAUGAGCUCUUAUCUAUCACGGCCAAAUCCAGUUACUGCUAGGUGGGAAAGUGAAGACCAUCUACGAAAUCCAAAAUUUCAAUUGGAUGCUUUCAGAUACCGAAAAUCUAGAUUACUUCAUAGUGUUGUUGUACGACUUCAAACGCAUUCAAAAUCUCUUGGAGACUUUGGUGCGUGGAAUAGAUGUUUAAAUCAUCUAUUAACACUUGCAGAAUCACAUAUUGAGUCAGAAAUUCUUGCUAAAUUCAUUGAAGCUGUGCAGAGCUGUCCUGACCCAAGUGCUCAAGCUGCUCUGAAGCUUGCAUGUGACCUUUAUGCGCUGGAUCGAAUAUGGAAUGACAUUGGAACCUACCACAAUGUUGACUAUGUUGCUCCCAAGUCCCAACAAAGUCAAUGUUGA